CAAAAUUAACAGUUAGCUUUUAAAAAUGGAAAAUCUACACGCUCGGACUUAUAGUGACCAAAACCAAACACAAGAAGUCUUAAAUGACUCUGUUUUAAGCUUUGCAAGACCAUUCGAAGCAGAAACCUCCUAUGAGGUCCUGACAGACCAUACGAAUCUAAUCCAGCGAAGUCCUACAAAUUUGGCUUUGCCUAGCCACCAAGAAGCAUCACGGGUUUAUAAUCGACUGAAAGAGAGAUAUUGGUACCUCAAAACUCUCAAUGAAGCUCAGAUGCUAAGCGAGACUGACCAGCAGACUUCGAAUGUUCUUGGAGAAAUCCUUAAGCAGACUUUAAUAGAUAUCAAGUCGAUCAUGGUCCAAUUUGAUGGCCAAAAGGUGUCUAAAAAGGCAUCUAGCAUACUCAAAUGAUCUACUCAGAAAAGCAAGCCUAAAAAUUUGAAAGUAGUCAUUAAGAAGAACUCUGAGCAUCUAGAGGACUACUCUCAAAGUGUCAAGAAUAAGGUUAAGAAGAAUCUUAAAAAGAUUAGCCAGAAACGUAUUAGAGAAGCUGAGAAAUAACAAAACAGACAAACUACAUAGUUCUUUAGCACAUCAGAAUUCAGUAGUUUCUGAACUUCAGAAGAGUAAUAAACAGCCACUGACAGGGUUCUCAAGUUUCUUAAGUCAAAGUUAUUCACAAGAGCUUGACCAAUCUCUUAAAAAGUCUGCCAAACUUAAAGCUGACGCGCAAGUUAUAGAGAGUUAUAAGGAUUCUAAGACUCAUAGCAAAACUUUUGUAGUCAACAGAGAUAAGUAUGAUAGCAGCACAGAGUCUGGAAGGUCUUCUUCUCCAUGGGUUAGAUUCAGCAAAAAGAGCAUGCAUAAAAGCGAGAUUGAUAUGUUUACUCCAGUGAGUCUUAACUCAACUGGAAAUUACAAAGACAUUGUAAAAUUGAAGCCUAAGAGCUAUAAACCUACUGGCAAUUUUACAGGUCCUAUUGAGCUUAACACUCAGUAUAAAAGUAUAAGGGAGAAGUUAAAAAAGACCGUCAGGAAGCCACAUGUAAACAUGGUGGUUUGUAUUGCGGAUAACUCUCUGUAGUCAGAAGUUUCCCUCGAAUUUCAAUAAUUUA